GGAAAGAAGCUACCCCCAAAUCGAUUUGGAGUUUUCGACCAGACACCAACCGAGCCCCCAACCAGACCGAAACCAAACCCUAGGCGGCGGCGGCGGCGGAGAUGGCGGCGGCGAGCUUGAGGAAGGGGAACGCGAGGCUGCCGCCGGAGGUGAACAGGGCGCUGUUCGUGCGGAACCUGCCGUUCAACAUCUCGAGCGAGGAGAUGUACGACAUCUUCGGCAAGUACGGGGCCAUCCGGCAGAUCCGGCUGGGCAACGCCAAGGACACGCGGGGGACGGCGUACGUGGUGUACGAGGACAUCUACGACGCCAAGAACGCCGUCGACCACCUCUCGGGCUUCAACGUCGCCAACCGCUACCUCAUCGUGCUCUACUCGCAGCUCAACAAGAUGUCCAAGAAGACGGACAUCAAGAAGAAGGAGGACGAGAUCACCAGGCUCCAGGAGAAGUACGGCAUCGGAUCCAAGACCCCCUCCGCCAACGACGCCUGAUCCUACCCAGCAGAUGUGCUGCUCCGUGUUUAGUUUAGAAAUCGUCGACAGAAACUGUCUGUAAUCUGUGCUUGGCCGCGGUAUGUUUUGUUUGCGGUGGUUCGGUAUCGAUGAUGAACCUGAUUCGAUUGAUAGCAUUUGUCCUGUGUUUUGAUGUAACUUGAAUUUGGUACUUCAAUUAGUAAGUAGUAAUAUCUAUGCUGUGGAUGUCAA